GUCUAGGAACUCUAGCGCUCAGUUUACGCCUACAUUCCGCGCGAGGGGUACGGUGGGUAACGCGAAAUAAACAAAUAAAAGACUGAGAACUGAGCUUCCAUUCGUGUUUACUACGUACGCGUUGCGUGACUUUCGUCUUAUCUAUGUUCCACAAAACGUGACGACACGAACAGUACAACAACGGAUUCCGCAAUGUCGCGGGAUUGAUUCAACGGAUGAACUGUCAGCCGGUACGCGUCUUGGUGGAUGCGUCUCGUUUUCACGAUUUUGUCAUUCGCUCUUCAUGUUCCACGCGCAUUCGCCACACUUCAAAAUUCGUGACGAUACCAAAGAGUACAAAAUAGUAUGCGUAGUCAAAGCAGGAUAUCGUCAAGUCUCAUCUUCCUGUUAUGCAUCUUUUUCUCCAGCUCGAUAUGGAUUGUUAUCGGAAACCCCAUUCGGUACAGGACGAGACGGGAAGCGGAGAUAGCAUCCACCAACUGGACUGCGUUGGCCGACGAAUGGAUCGCGGCAAAGGCCAGGGCCGCCGAAAAAAUGGACGUCGCUCUGCUACCGUUCAACGAGAGAUUUCGGGAAUUACCGCCUACGGUGGAGACCUUCGUUGUUAACGGCACGAAUCCUGAACAGAUGGCACGGUUAAAUUACUCGCGAAUGCUAUGGGAUAUGGAAACCGUUCAGUCGAGUGGACAUCUGUCUGGAUUCGUUGACAAGGCUCUUAAACUACUAGAUCUGAGGCAGGUCAUGAUGGAGGUUGAAACCUCCGUAAUGUCUAAAGUAUCUUGCACCGCGUGCAAAGUAGGUGCCGGCCUUCUGCAACAUUACAUAAAAGUCGGCAAGAGCGAUGAGGAGAUCAUGGCCAGUAUUUAUCAGUUCUGUGUGUCGCUUAAUAUACAGAGCGCUCGAGUCUGUCACGGAGUCACUCUGCUUUUUGGGGGAGAGGUGAUCUACGUGCUGAAGCAGGUGACCAUGGGUCCAGCGCAAAUCUGUAGCUUCGUGAUCGGCGACGCAUGCGAAGACGCGUUUAAUCCGCUACAUGAAUGGGAGGUGGCCUUUCCACCAGUCAAGAAACCGCCGAUCAAACCGCCGAUACCGCCGCAGGAAGGCGCACCGACUUUUAAGGUGCUGCAUAUCUCCGACACGCAUUAUGAUCCAUAUUAUCAGGAGGGCGCGAACGCCGAGUGCAACGAGCCGCUUUGCUGCCGGCUGACAAACGGUGCCCCUUUGACGGCCUCGGCCGCCGCCGGACGAUGGGGCGAUUACAGAAAAUGCGAUACACCCAAGAGAACAAUCGAUCAUAUGCUCAAGCACAUUGCCGAUACGCAUUUGGACAUUGAUUACAUUUUGUGGACGGGUGAUUUGCCACCUCACGAUGUAUGGAAUCAAACGCGAGAAGAAAAUCUAAAGGUGUUGCGUGAUACUGUCGCGCAAAUGGUAGAGAUGUUCCCCGGAAUACCGAUUUUUCCUGCCUUAGGAAAUCACGAAAGCGCGCCGGUCAACAGUUUUCCACCACCUUUUGUGCCUGAAGAAAACAGUAUCUCAUGGCUGUAUGACGAUCUCGAUAAACAAUGGCGACGGUGGCUACCAGCCGGUGUAUCGCAUACCGUUCGUCGCGGUGCUUUUUAUUCCGUUUUGGUUCGACCAGGUUUUAGAAUUCUUUCUGUUAACAUGAAUUACUGCAACAACAAAAACUGGUGGCUGCUAAUCAACAGCACGGACCCAGUCAGCGAGCUACAAUGGCUUGUAUAUGAGCUGCAAGGUGCCGAAAUCAAUGGUGAGAAGGUGCACAUAAUUGGCCACAUUCCACCUGGACACUCGGACUGCCUCAAGGUGUGGUCGAGGAAUUACUAUCACAUCAUCAAUCGCUAUGAAUCAACAAUCACGGCCCAGUUCUUCGGACAUACACAUUAUGACGAGUUCCAGAUAUUCUAUGAUACAUCAGAUCUUGGGAGAGCGCUCAGCAUUGCCUACGUUGGUCCUUCAGUCUCGCCGUAUUAUGAUUUGAAUCCCGGCUAUAGAAUAUAUUACGUCGAUGGAGAUCAUCCAAAAACUACAAGAAUGGUCAUCGAUCAUGAGAGCUGGGUCAUGAAUCUCAAGGAAGCGAAUCUUUAUGAUUAUCCGAUCUGGCAUAAGUUGUAUAGCGCGCGACAGGCCUAUCAAAUGGCAUCGCUCUUGCCGAAGGAUUGGGACUCCCUGAUCGACAAAAUGACCAACGAGCCAGCCCUCUUUGAUCUCUAUUACAAGCAUUACUAUAAGAAUUCUCCGGUGCGACCGGCGUGCAACGAUGAAUGUCGCAAGAGAUUGCUCUGUGAUCUGCGCAGCGGAAGAAGCCACGAUCGGAAAGCGUUAUGCCAGAGCUUAGAAGCAAGGAUCGGCAUCGAGACUAGAACGGGCUGGCGAGCGUGGAUCUAUAAAGGACUCGCAUUAUCAAUGUCAGUGGUGAUGGCCAUCCCUAGGUUUGCGUACAAUCUACCAAAGUACGUUUUAGGAUUGGGUUAGAGAAGAAAAAAACGAAUGUUAAAUGCAGAUGCGUGACUCAAUUUGUGAUGUUAAAUUAUUUAAAUAUUCACGACGUGUGGUAUUGUAGUAUUCAAGAUGCAAAUUUCGAUAUUAUUGACGACCGACGAUUAUUAUUCGUCGAAAUUGAAUAGCGCAUUUCGAUUCGUAAUUGCUCUCACAGAAUUUAACAUGCUAAUUUUUGAUAAAAGACUCUAUAAAUAAGAACAAAUUGAAAUAGAAAUUGAGAAAUAUUCAUUUUAUCUACGAAGUUAUCGGUGGACGAAACGAAUCGAAAAAUGAAUUUCUUGUGCAAAGUCAAAAAUUAAUUUUUUAAUUUUUAAAUUCAUAUAUUGAUUACAAAAUUUUUGCAUUCUAUUAAUACAAAGAGUCAAACUUUAUCUUGAACAUUAAGAAUUUGUAACUUUGUAAAGUAAAUUCUAAUUCACCUAUUUUCUUCUUUAGCAAAUCACAUACAACCACGUAUAUUUUUUUUUUUUUUUAACGAAGAUGAGCAUAAAGGUCUAAAAAUAAAUAGCGACCAAGAGUGAUAUAUUACAUAAUUACAUAUAUGUACAUUAAAUAUAGCAUAUUUUAGCAGAUUUAUUCGCAAAAGAUAAACGUGCGAUCUUCUCACUUGAAGAAACAUGAUCGUGAAAUCACGUGUGCUUUGAAUCAAAGAUUAAAACAAUAAUAUUUCAAUGAGUUUAGUUUGUAUAUGCGAGAAAAAAAUCUUAUGUCGCGCUACUACUUAAUCUAUUUGAGUGAUUAAGUAUUUUAUUAUCGCGUGUCUCUAUAGUAUGCAAAUCUGAACUCAACGAAAUUAUAAUAAGUUUUCGAAACCUCCUUUGAGAGUUUUCUCUAAUAACGGGCGUUGUGUAUAUAAUAUGUAAAUAUAUGCAAAUAUGAUCGCGCGCAGAUUAAUAUCUUCUUUCUCAUUAGUUAUUAGUUAACGAGCGAUUAAUUCAUUAAUUCAACGGCACGUGAUGAAUAUUUCCACGUGAAAUCAUUCUACUUAUAAUAGGUCAGUAAUUAAAUCUCAUGUGUGUUUAUCGAUGAAAUAUUUUAUUGUUAGUUAAAUCUGAUACAACACGUCAUAUGUGCGCGCGCGAUCUUCGGGUGAGGCAAAUAAAUUCAUGGAUCAAAUGAACCCGAUAUUUAACACUACUAAACGUGGGGUAUAAUCGAUUUCUCCCCCAGUCAUCUCUGCAACGAAACAUUUAAAAUAUAUUGCAAUGUGAAUUUACAGAUCGAAAAUCGCGAAUACUCCCAGUGUUCCUAAUAUUUCGAUUAAUUGAUGACCUAGUCCAAGAUGCGUGUUGAUUACUGUUGACUAUUUUAUUCAUAUAUAGCAUAUUAUAUAUAUAUAUAUAUAUAUAUAUAUAUAUAUAUAUAUAUAUAUGAAUAAUGACAUAUACUUAAUUGCGCAGAGAGAGAAAGUCACGUAUGAGCGAAAUUCUUGUAUAUAAAGAAA